UGAUGUGUUGAUGUUGAUGGACGCCGUGUCUUUUCAUUUCUUGUGUUAUUUUUAUAGUAAAAGUUAAUAGUUUUAAAUAAAUAAUGUAUAUUUACAAUAGCAUAUGCAAUUAAGCAUUAUAAUUUCGUUCUAACUUUAUGAUUAUAUACUCGUGGAUAGAAUGUGCUUAGAAAAUAUGCCGAUUACAAGAUAAAUUGUGUACAACUUGAGGAUUGAUUUGUUCUAGAUUUACAGACUACAAUUUAUAUAAAAUGGCUUAUUCAGUAAAUAUAUCUGUGGAAGCACCCAUUGAAAAUCAAAUUCAAGAAAUUAGCUAUGAUGGACAGGAAAUAUAUCAAUCCCCUUUGUCGAUGUCGGAGAACCUUGCCAAACUUGCUCAGAAGAUCGACUUUAACAAAUCUGUGUGUGAUGACAAGAAAGAGGUCGAAGCCGACAAGAGUGACGAUGAGGCAGCCUCAAAAGAUUCAUCUUCGUUUCAAUCAUCUCUAUGGCCUUGGGACUCUGUCAGGAAUAAAUUGAGGAGUGCAUUGACUGAGGUGUGUGUGUUGGCUGAUGUUCUACAAAUUGCUAAGGAGAAGAGAUACAUGGUCCUGGACCCUGUUCCACAAGAACCCCCCGAGACGAAGCCUAUCACACAGGUUUAUGCUAGGAAAAAGGCUCUAGUCGGCGCGGCGGCUGUUCUGUUGAACGGCGCAGAACGACUGCGCACAUGUCAGAACGAGGCGGCUCGUAAUAGAUCCGUUCCCGAUUUCCAUAUUGAACUGUUGCGGCUCAGAAAGAACUGGAGACUCAAGAAAGUGUCCAAUACUAUCAUUGGUGAUCUCAGUUAUAGGACAGCGGGCUCCAAAUACGCGCAGACAGGCAUGUUCGAGGUGAGCAAGGCGGAGGAGGAGGAGCCCUCCAGUCCCCCCGCAUCUCCCUGCCCCACCUCGCCCCCCCAGCCGCCUCCGCCCCCCAGGCCCGCCUCCGCGCUCCGCGUCACCGUGCCCAGCGAGUUGCAGGGUGUCGCCUAUAUACAGGUCAUCUGCAAGAAAGACCAGGAAGACCUAUGCAGCGCCAACCUGCACCUGCUGGGAGGGCCGGUGCCGCCCCCCGAUGUGCACUGGCAGCAGCGGCUGGAGGCGGCGCAGAAUGUGCUCUUCUGCAAGGAGCUGUUCAACCAGCUGGCCAAUGAGGCAGUCCAGUUGCACGCACCCGUGCCACAUAUGGUCAUCGGCAAUCAGAUUAUGGCCACUGUUCUGCCCGGCAUCCAGCUGAUAAUCGGCCUCUACCACAGCACGGGCAACGAGAAGAAGGCGGGCGGUGAGGGUGCGGGUGGCGGCGAGGGGGGUGGUCCUCCCCCCAAGUCAGAGCACGACCACGUGUUGGAGCACUCGUUGCAUCAGCUGCUGAGGGAGGUGCAUCACCGCAACACACACCACCCUUUUCCGCACCCGUCGUCGGGGCCUCUGGGGCCGUCCAAGCGCCGCUGUCUUGCCGGCCCCACCGCGGCCGACAGAUAUCAGCUGAUCGAGAUGACUAAGAGUCAAACACUUCUGGAGCAGAUUAUCGAGCAGACUCAGCACUUUUUCAUGCGUUUGAGAGCUGAAUAUGUGCUGGACACAAUUGCCAAGGAAGUGAAGGAUCCACUCAUUGUCUCGCAUUGGAAUGCGCUCAACUCACCCACUCAGUCCUGUGUCAAGAUCAACAUUAUCACUCACGGGUAUGACACACUGUGUCGCACGUCACUGGUGGUCCACGUGGGCCAGAAGUCGCUCAAGUGUGUGUGUCGAGAUGGCCGCGUCAUGCACAUGUCCUACGAGCCACAGGAGUUGAGGGAUCUUAUCUUCUGUCAGAUCUAUCAACAUCAGAUAACAGCCGUACAGAGCCUUGCCAAGUGCAUGGGAUGGACCUACCUGGCCAACAGCUCUCACCUGGGCAUUGGUGCAGUGGAGCAGCUUGGUAAUGCAUCCAGCUGCAUUCUCGCAUCGCCUAUUGGAGAUCGGAUGAUAGCAGUGCGAUGCGAGCCGGCCGGCGGUGUGCAGGUGUCGAUCGCGCAUUCGCCGCGCAAGGACUUCUUCAGCGGGCAGCUGGUCAAGGAGCGCAAGUGGGAGAACCUGGGCGGUGCGCCCUUCAAGGAGGUGCGCUGGGACAAGAUGGAGGGCAAAAACUUCCUCAACAAAAUGGAGCUGCUUAUGGCCAGUCUCACCAGCUCCUAAACUGCAACAUCCUCAACAUCUGCAAAGUGAGAAUGUGAGAAAAUAUACCUUAACCCAACGUUUCUCUACAGUAGAAUGUUUACUUGAAUCGUGUAGAAAGAUUUAGGAUAACCUUCCACUGGAACCGUAUUCAACCGAUCCGUUCGGUCGUUGGAUCGGACGGCCUUAAUUCGUCCGAAUAUGGUCGUCCAUUGGAACCGUUCACGUCAGUCUAGUUGUCGAUUAUUGAAUUAACUACUAUCAUAGCCACCAAAAUUUUUCCUAAACUAUUAGAUAGUUUACAAAUUUUUUGUCUGGAUAUUUGAAUCAGUUUCAGUUUGUUAAAUAGAUUUGCUAUUUCAAGUGUGAAAGUAAAAAAAAUCUUGAAUGUUGUAACUUAUAAGAGCAUGUCUAAAUUAUUCAAUAAUUAAGCUGAUCAAUUUAUAGAUUUUUCCCAAAUACUAUAGCUUAAUGAUGGUUUUAACAACCUAUGUGCCUGUUGCACAAAAGCCGGUUAAAUUUUAACCGUGAUUAGUUUUACGAGAACCGAUCAGAGAAGUCGUCUUAUCAAAAAGGCCUUCUCUGAUUAGUUCUUGUGGAAUUAAUCACGGUUAAAAUUUAACCGGCUAUUGUGCAACCGGGCCUGUCGUUAUGAAAGUUGUAUAAUUUUCUACGAUAGUGUUCAUUUCUAAGAUUGUUUUUGUGGUCAAUAAUAUUUCAAAAGUUACAUUUUUGUAAUAUCAAUUAUUAGGGAGGUUUUUGUAAAUCAAUUGUACAGCUGGAUGUUUUAAUAUCGUGAAUUAUAAUGUUUGUUUAUUGAUAAGUAGCCUAUCUCAAUUAUUUCAAGUUUUGUAAAUUUUGUAAUUAAUAAAUAAUUAUCUUUUAAUUUA